GUCACCUGGGAGCAGGUGUGGCAGCGGCAUCGACGCGGCAGCCAGAGGAGGCUGUCAGGAUGGCGAAUUUCAAGGGUCAUGCACUCCCAGGCAGCUUCUUCCUUCUCUUUGGACUCUGGUGGUCGGUGAAAUACCCCCUGCAGUACCUCAGCCAGAGAGCCAACAAGAAAUCCCCCAGGAGUUCCAGUUUCCAGCGCGUGGAUGCCGUGGAAGGGGGGAUGAAAAUUGUCUUUGCUCUCAUAGGGAUGCUGGCGGAGCAGUUCGUGCCGGACGGGCCUCACCUGUACCUGUACAGCGGGGCCGGCCGGGACUGGGUGAAGCUGAUGAACUGGCAGCACACCACCAUGUACCUGUUCUACGGCAUCUCCGGCGUGGUGGACGUCCUCACCUUCGUCUCCCCGGCCGUGCCGCGGGGCCUGGAUCGCCUCAUGUUGUCGGUGGCCGUGUUUGUGGAAG